UUUUUAUAGCGGUUUUACGUUGCAACCAGGUAUUUGUUACCACUUGAGCUAAUGGGCUGUUGCAUUGUAUAAAAAAUUAUUUCAUCUCACUGCUCCCAUGUUUCCUUUUGUUCUUCUAGUCCCACGUGUUUACAGACAUCUUUAAACUUUAUAUCGUUAUAUCAUAUGAUUACAUAUUUUUGUGGGCAAAGAGAACUUCUUCGCAGGAGGUGCACAUUUUCACCACUUUCAAAUUUUCUGCAAAUUUUGGUAAGAAUCUGAGCAUGUUAAAGCCCUCAAAAGCCAAUUUAUUUGCCUGAAAAAAAUCUGAUGUAAGCCCUGGUAAAAUAGCAGGCUUCCUGAUGUGUUUAAAUUAAAUUAAUUUAUUUUAUCAUGAUAAAUGUUGCAUUAUUAUUGCUGCUUUAUAUUUUAAACUCAUCUCUAUGGCAGAGAAUGACAAAUACUUCAUAAACAAGUCUGAGGUAGAACAUUAAAACCUAUUUAGUUUCACACCUCAAUUUAUCAUAGCAAUAUAUUAAAACACUUUCUAUAAUAUACAAUAUUGAUGUAAAUUAUAUUUUGCAUAUACAUAUAUGUUUGUUAUGGCCCAGGCACACUGUUGAUGCUGAGAAGCAACUUGAGCUGCUCUGUCCCUGUUGGUUCGACCAAUAAAGUUUUUUCAAACCACGUGACCAUCACUCUCAUGGCUGCGCCCUCGUGUCGUGCGUGGUUGUAAACAGUUGUGAUCGCAUUCGGAUGUUCUGAGGAGGCGCAGAGAGUCAAGAAAAUGAAGUCGAAUAAGAUGAGGCCGAAAAGCAGGGGUGUGUCGUCCGGGCUGGCGAAGAAAAAGAAGCGGAGCAUCCAUGUGAAAGGCAGCUGGUCAGCUGUGCAGCUCGACCCCAGCAUCUUCUCCGAGGAGGGCCUGGAGGGACUGGUGUGUUUCGAGGAGCUGGCUAGUUACAGUCUGGUGGACUCCGACAAGGCUGCGGCCACAGAAGCGAGAGAGCUGAGGAAGAAGGAGGAGAAGAAGAUGAAGAGGAAGGCGAAGGCGAAGGCUAAAGCGAAGAAAAGAAAGGCCAGCGAGGGAGGGGAGCAGGGAGGAGGGGAAGGGGGUCCCGGUGUGGAGGGCAUAGAGGGAGAGGAACCAACUGAACCACCCAAAAAGAAAGUGACAAAUAAGAAUAAGAAUAAGAAACAAGCUGCAGAAGAAUCAGUCCCUGAAGAUGUCAUUUCGACAGAGGAGACACAGAAGGAUGGAGCUGCAAACGCGGAGGGAGGACCAGAAGAAGAUACAGCUAAAGAAGACCCUCAACGAAAUGUCCAAGCAAAGAAGAGCAAGAAAAAGAAGAAUAAGAUACAGAAACAGCCGAUAGAAGAGGAUGUAGAGAAACAGACCAAUCUGGAGGCCCCUCCAGAACUUCAGGCCCCGGAAAUAGAAAAACCCUCGCAAAAAAAAGUGACCAACCUGACUAAAAAGAAAAACAGAAACUGGACAAAUAUCGCCAAUUCUGGCUCUGAGGACCAAAAGGCUGAUGUGGGAGCGUGGAAGGAUUUGUUUGUUCCUUCCCCCGUGCUGAAGGCGCUGAGCAGCCUUGGAUUUGGCUCGCCCACGCCGAUUCAAGCCCUGGCACUGCCCUCGGCCAUCAGGGAUCGUAUGGAUGUACUGGGGGCAGCGGAGACGGGAAGUGGCAAGACGCUGGCUUUUGGUAUUCCCAUGAUCCACGCCAUCCUGGAGUGGCGAAAGGGCUCAGAUGAACCUGCUGAGAGCACUAGUGAGCCAGCCCCACAGGUGGAGAGUUUGUAUUUACCAAGCCUAAAGUCCGAAAAUGAUGCUGAGUCCGAAACAGAGGAGGACAACAUGGAGGCUGAGGAAGAAGAGGACGAAGUUGUCUCAGAUCAGGACCAAGGUGACUCAGAUGACGGCGACUCAGAUGACGGCGACUCAGAUGACGGUGAGGUGGAUGGCGGUGAGGAGGAUGACGGUGAUGAGGAUGAGGAUCAGACACUGGGAUGUGUGAAAGUGAUCGAAGAUGCAGAGUUUGACUUGGACGAAGAAGCUGAAGAAAAACCUGCAGGGGGUCGGAAUCAGCCUCUGCUUGGACUGGUGCUCACUCCCACCAGGGAGCUGGCUGUUCAGGUCAAACACCACAUUGAUGCGGUCGCUAAAUUUACUGAUAUCAAGACGGCGAUAAUUGUGGGUGGAAUGGCACAACAGAAACAGAGGAGGAUGUUAAAACGCCGGCCGGAGAUUGUUAUUGCGACUCCAGGACGUCUGUGGGACUUGAUCAAAGAGAAACAUCCACAUCUGCUGAACCUCAGACAGCUCAAGUGCCUGGUCAUAGACGAAGCCGAUCGUAUGGUGGAAAGAGGCCACUUUGCAGAGCUGGAGAAUCUGCUGGAGAUGCUGAACACCGUGCACUUCAACCCCACGAGGCAAACCUUUGUGUUCUCUGCCACAUUGACCAUGGCUCACAGCCUGCCCACCCGCCUCCUGCAGAAGAAGAAGAGGAAGAAUAUGGACCAGAGGGGCAAGCUGGAAGUUCUCAUGGAGAAAGUGGGGAUCAAGUCCAAACCCAAAAUCAUCGACCUCACCAGGAAGGAGGCGACGGUGGAGACGCUGACCGAGACGCGGAUCCACUGCCAGAAAGAGGAGAAGGACUUCUACCUGUAUUACUUCUUGCUGCAGUUCCCUGGGCGCACCAUGGUGUUCGCCAACAGCAUAGACUGUAUCAAGAGACUGAACUCCCUGCUGGUGAUCUUAGAAUUUGAUCCACUGCCUCUUCACGCCAACAUGCACCAGAAACAACGGCUGAAAAACCUGGAGCGGUUUGCCGAGAGGGAGAAUUGCGUUCUGCUGACCACUGAUGUAGCUGCAAGAGGACUGGAUAUCCCCAAUGUUCAACAUGUGAUCCACUACCAGGUUCCCAGGACAUCUGAGACUUAUGUCCAUCGGAGUGGCAGAACAGCGAGAGCGACUAAAGAGGGUCUCAGUUUGCUGGUAAUCGGCCCAGACGACGUGUUGAACUUCAGAAAGAUUUAUAAUACUCUAGGGAAGGACGAGGACCUUCCAAUGUUCCCCAUAGAGAGCAAAUGCAUGGAAGCAAUCAAAGAACGAGUAAACUUGGCCAGGAGCAUAGAGAAGAUUGAGUUCCACAACGGCAGAGAGAAGCAACACAACUCCUGGUUCACAAAAGCAGCAGAGGCCCUGGAGGUGGACCUGGAUGAUGAUCUUUUACUCGGUAAGACCAGCAUAACCAUAUCUGUGACAACCAUUGGAAAGGUGUUCAAAUACAAACAGCUGAAGGUGCCAUGUUUGUUCACAGGCGGAUCAAAGGACGAGGAUGGUGACAGAGAGCAGCAGAAGAUGGUCAAGAGCAUGAAAAAGCAUUUGAAGCAUUUGAGAUCCCAGCCUGUGUUCAAGAACCUGGUCAAGACCAGGUACCCGACUCAGAUGGGAAAACUCGCCCUGCCCAACCUGCCUCGUGCCGGGUUGGAAAGCGCCCUGACCAAGGUGUCAAUACAGCAGAAGGAAGACGACUUAAAAAAAGCUGGUCCACCACAGCAAGGGAAAAAGAAGCAGAGGAAAGAGCUGAGGAAAGAAAAGAGGAAGGAAAAGAGGCAGCAGCAGAGGCAGCAGCAACAGCAGGAGCAGCAGGAGCAGCAACAGCAGCAGGAGCAGCAGGAGCAGCAGUGAUAUGUAAUAAAAAAUUUGUAUUUAAAAAAAAAAAUGCCAUCUUCGAAACACUUACAAUGCUUAAUAGAUAAAUGAAAUUUUUAACAUGCACAAUGUGCAAUAAUUGUAUUUCCAGAUGUUGUUGAUUCUCUGUACGCUGCAAGAUUUUAUAAAAAUUCGUUUUCACAAGUG